CUCGAUCAAGUUGUACCGGCCAGACCUCCUUCCUCUCCAAGAGUCAAUCUCGACGGGGUACCAUCGAUUUCCUAAAUCCGGCGCCGCCGAAAGUGCCUCUCCGCCCUACCUCGCCGCGUCGUCUCCUCUCCGCCCUACCUGACCGGUGUUCAGGCCGCCGCCGUCAUGCUCCUCCGGACGCGCCGCUGCCUCCCUGCCGCUCUUUCCCGCGCAGCCGUCCACCCACGCGUCUCCCCUGCGCUGCCCUCCCCUGGAGCCCCGCGACAACAUGGCCCCGUGGCCGUGGCGAACCAGGGAAGCGCACUCGAGCCCCGAUCUGGACCGAUCGAUUCGGUUCGGAGCUCCACGAUGUCCCGAGCGAAUCCGGCAACGCUGUUCCCAGCAUCCACUGGGGGACAUUACAGGGUUGGUAUGCAGGCCCGAUGGUUCUCGUCGGCAGGGCUUCCGCCACACAUGGUGAUUGGGAUGCCAGCGCUGUCCCCUACAAUGAAUCAAGGUAACAUCACAAAAUGGAGAAAACAGGAAGGCGAUAAGAUAGAGGUUGGUGAUGUGAUCUGUGAGAUAGAAACUGACAAAGCCACGCUUGAAUUUGAAACUCUUGAAGAGGGGUAUCUGGCCAAGAUUUUAGUACCUGAAGGUUCAAAGGAUGUUCAGGUUGGACAACCCAUUUAUGUCACGGUUGAAGAAUCCGAUGAUAUUGAAAAGAUACCUGCUGAUACCUCCUUUGGAGGUGACCAUAAGGAGGAUGAGUCAAGUGGAAGUGCAGCACAAACUGUCGAAGUUGAUGCAGCUGAACAAAGCCCAGUAAUGAGCCGCAUCAGCCCUGCAGCUAAGAUGCUGAUCAAAGAACAUGGUCUCAAUGCCUCUUUACUGAAGGCAUCAGGUCCCCGUGGCACCCUUCUGAAAGGUGAUGUUUUGGCUGCGUUGAAGUCAGGCACUGCUUUAAGUUCAGCCAAAGAAAAGACAGCUCCAGCUGCACCUUCACCCCAACCAGCUCGUGAUUCCCAAGUUCAGUCUCAGACAACUUCACCAAAGGGCGACACAUUUGAAGAUAUAACCAAUACUCAGAUAUGCAAGGUGAUUGCAAAAAGGUUGCUGGAAUCCAAACAGACUACUCCACAUUUGUACCUAUCCAAAGAUGUUAUACUGGAUCCCUUACUCGCAUUCAGGAAUGAACUCAAAGAGCAACACGGUGUUAAAGUUUCAUUAAAUGAUAUUGUCAUAAAAGCUGUGGCACUUGCCUUAAGGAACGUCCCUGAAGCAAAUGCUUACUGGGACAAUUCGAAGGAAGAAGCCCAGAAGUGUGAUUCAGUGGAUAUAUCUAUUGCUGUUGCUACAGAGAAGGGCCUGAUGACUCCUAUAAUAAGAAACGCGGAUCAAAAGACUAUAUCAGCAAUAUCUUCAGAGGUCAAACAGCUAGCCGAAAAGGCACGUGCUGGGAAGCUUGCUCCUAAUGAGUUCCAGGGGGGUACUUUCAGUAUCUCAAAUCUAGGAAUGUAUCCGGUGGACCACUUCUGUGCUAUCAUUAAUCCUCCGCAGGCUGGCAUUCUCGCUGUUGGUCGGGGUAACAAGGUUGUGGAGCCUGUGAUGGACAAUGGCGGAACAGAGAAGGCUGCUGUAGUAACAAAAAUGAUGCUGACACUGUCUGCUGAUCAUCGUAUAUUUGAUGGGCAAGUAGGAGGCAAGUUUUUCACGGAGCUGGCAUUGAACUUCAGUGACAUCAGGAGGCUGCUUUUGUAAAUGAAAGGUGCUGUGUUAUCGUGUUUCAAAGAAUUCUUUCAAGAAGGUGGCCCAAGAAAAGACACUAGGUGCAAAUUUAGUUUCAGUUGCUUGAUCACCAGCGCAUAAGAAGUAACCAGUUUUGUAAAUUAAUAAGAGAGUUGGCAACUCCACGGCGUUUUUUCCUCCUUAAUUUGGGAGGUGAGCCCUGAGAAGUUACGGCCAUUUCAUGUUUGAUGUGGUUACACAAACAUCAACUCUUGAGGCUGAGGUUUGUUGCCACGUUUCCUGAGGAUUUCUGGCAACAUAAGAAGUUUUUGCCCAUGACUUCGAUACAUGGCUUGAUGACAGUAAUAAGUAAUGAUUCUUUCUACAAUAUUGAUAUACAUACUUCUGAGCAUCUCAGAUUGUUUGUCA